GUCAUUGAAAACAACUAAUAUGGUGCUGUAAACAAAUUAUUUUAAAUCUUCUUGCUAUCAUUGAUAUUUUGUAAAUACUUUUGACCUCUUACACUGAACAGUUUGUGAUUUUUAUAAAACUAAGAUAACCCAGUAAUGCGGCAACAUGGUUUUUACAAAGCUGUGUGGUGCUGGAAAGAAGGAGAAAAAAAACUUUCUACCGUUGGUCUCAUUGAAAAAGAUAAAGCAAAACAACUUGUAUCCCAGCCUGGACCUCCUACUAAAUUGGAAAGCGUGAAUAAUCAGAAGUCGAUGUUUUUCUUUACGGACAGUAUCGACCAAAGCCAGCAAAUGAUAUUUAGACAAAAAUGUCAACGAGGAGUUCAACCACACGUACCAAAUGUGGUAACGUUACAGGAUGUUAAAGACGUAGUGAUAUUUUCUGCUAAUGGUUCAAUCCCAGCUGGGUUCAUGAAGCUGUUUUGUUCUGAUAACAUCAAUCUUCUUUUGAGAAUCACAAUACUUUACAUUCAGUUAUAUCUCAAGAUCUGGGAAGAUCUCGAAUAUAGAAGAGCAUCAUACAAACAACUUUGCCUUAAACAUCCUAUUUCAAAAGAGAGGGAAACCCUAUGUAAAACCAGCUUAAGAAAACUGAGAAGUAAAAUUGGCCAAGAGUACGCUAUGAUUCUUUCUGGCGAAGGGAUAUACAAAGAACAUCACCACAUGAACAACACUUUAAAUCGAUCAUACACUGACCAAGACAUGAUAUUUUACGAUUGUUUGUCCAAAUUCAUCACUAGAACUGUUUGGGUAGCACUGAAUAGGUGUAACUACAAAGAAAUAGAGGUUGAGAUUUCAAGGUUAUUUUGUCUAAAAUAUGACAAUAGAGAAAACAUAAGUGAUGAUAAGAAUGGGCAUAAAUAUGACAGAAAUAUUCUAGAAGGUGAUAAAAUUCAAUAUUCAAGCAAAUGGUAUAACAGAUCACCAAUCAUUUCAGAUGUUUUUACUAAUCAGGAAAUGCCAGAUAGGCUUUCACUAAAUGAGGUGCCCACCAUUGAAGCUACGAAAACAAAGUUAUCAGGUUUAGAAGCUGCUUUAACUUUGCCCGAAGAAGUUCUUGGGAGGUUAAACAUAACAGUUGGAAUCCUGGGCCAACAUCGAGACAAUUUUGAGCCAUUACUUACUCUAAAGCAGAGACAAGAAAGUAUCGAAGACGAAGAGUUGGAGAAAGCGCUUGCCGCUACUGCUGAAGAAGUAAAGCCUAAAGUAAAAAUGUAUAUGUAUUUAGAAGAUUUAUACUCCACAAUCGAUUUGAAGGAUUUGAAACCGAGUGAAGAAACUGGAAAUAUAAUUGACGAAAUAAACUUAUACAUAAACAGCCAUUAUGAAGACAGUAAAAGAUCUUACAGAUUAUGGGAGCGGAGAAAAGUCUCUAACUGGUCAUUGUCGAGCAAAAUUUUUAACCAGUAAUAAAGAAUUCAAACACUUCAAAUCGUUUAACUACUGAGACAUGAAUAGGAAGGCAUGUGCAUGGAUUAAUAACUUAAAAUUUGUUAGU